AUGGCAAGACUCCCCAAAGUCGUUGCGGGCACCGCGCUCCUACUAGCUGGUCUAGAGACGGUCGGAGCCGCCCAUGCCCAGGAUUCGACGGCAUGGACGCCCACACACGAAGCCGGCCGCUGUGCCAUGCGAGGCCACUGCGGCAAGAAGUCCUGGUUCGGCAAGGAGCUCCCCUGCGUCGACAAUGGCGCUGCCACGGAACCUGAUGCCGAUUUCCGGAAAGAGCUGGUCGAGCUCUGCGGGCCCAAGUGGCAGACUGGAAAUGUCUGCUGCAGCUCAGAUCAGUUGAAAUCCCUGAAAUCAGAACUCUCAACGCCCCGCCAGAUCAUCUCCUCGUGUCCAGCCUGCAAGGAAAACUUCUACAACCUCUUUUGCACUUUUACAUGUUCCCCUGACCAGUCGCUGUUUAUCAACGUGACUAGGGCGGAAGAAAAGAGCGGCAAGCUGCAAGUGCGGGAGGUCGACCAGCUGGUAUCGCAAACGUACGGCAGCGGCUUGUACAGCAGCUGCAAGGAUGUCAAGUUUGGAGCCUCCAACUCCAAAGCCAUGGACUUUAUCGGCGGUGGAGCCAAGAACUAUACGCAGAUGCUCAAGUUUCUCGGCGACGAGAAGGCCAUCGGCUCGCCGUUCCAGAUCAACUUCCCGCAAUCAUAUAGCCAGCCCGGCAUGUCUCCCAGGGAUAUGACCCCCAAGCGGUGCAACGACGACGACCCGGACUUCCGCUGCGCCUGUGUCGACUGCCCCGACGUUUGCCCCGCGCUUCCCGACGUUGAGGAUGCCGGUUCCUGCCGCGUCGGGGCUCUCCCGUGUCUCUCUUUCGGCGCCAUCUUCGUCUACAGCGUGCUGCUCUUUGCCUCGGUCGCCGCCACCGUGGGAGGCUCCUUUCUCAAGAAGCAUAACGAGCGCCGCCGAGAGAGGCUUAGGCUGCUUCAGGAUACUACGGCGAGCGACGACGAAGACGAGGGUGAUCUUGUGCAGAACAACGCCAUGCUUGACCAACCCCAGAAGAACUACCCGCUCAACUCGUGGUGCGACACGGCCUUUAGCAAGCUCGGCCACACGGCGGCCCGGUUCCCUGGAAUCACCAUAAUCAGCAGCCUUAUCGUUGUCGCCCUUCUCUCGAUUGGCCUCUUCAAGUUCGACAUCGAAAAGGACCCUGCACGGCUGUGGGUCAGCCCGACCUCUGCGGCGGCCCAGGAGAAGGCUUUCUUCGACGAGAAUUUUGGCCCCUUUUAUCGUGCCAACAAGGUGUUCCUCGUCAACGACACGCUGCCGUCUGGUCCUGGACCCGUGCUCAGCCAUGAGACACUCACCUGGUGGAUCGGCGUUGAGAACAACAUCAAGCAGCUUAAGGGCCCCAAGUUUGGUGCUCAGCUUCAGGACGUCUGCUUCAAGCCGACUGGUUCCGCGUGCGUCGUUCAGUCGGUGGCUGCCUAUUUCGGGAAUGAUGCCGACCUUGUGGACAAGGAGACGUGGCAGGGGGAUCUCCGCAACUGCGCCGAAUCACCCGUCAGUUGCCGACCCGACUUUGGCCAGCCCAUCGAGCCCGGCAUGAUCCUGGGAGGGUACGGAGACGUUGCCAAUGUCGCUGCCGCGCCGGCCAUGACUGUCACCUGGGUGCUCAACAACUUCCCCGAGGGCAGCUCUGAAGUCUCGCGUGCCAUGGACUUUGAGGAGUCUCUCAAAGACCGCCUUCUCGCCCUGCAGGACGAGGCUGCUAAACGGGGCCUGAGGUUGUCCUUCUCGACCGAGAUCAGCCUCGAGCAGGAGCUCAACAAGUCGACCAACACCGACGCCAAGAUUAUUGUAGUCAGCUACAUCGUCAUGUUCCUGUAUGCCUCCAUCGCCCUGGGGUCGACCACCCUUAGUCUGGGCGAGUUCUUCCGCAACAAGUCCCUCUUCUUUGUGCAGUCCAAAUUCGGGCUCGGCAUCAUCGGCAUCAUGAUCGUGCUCAUGUCGAUCCUGGCGUCCAUCGGGCUAUUCUCCUGGUUCGGGCUGAAGGUCACCCUGAUCAUUGUCGACGUCAUUCCCUUCAUCGUUCUUGCCGUUGGCGUGGACAAUAUCUUCCUCAUCGUCCACGAGUUUGAGCGGGUGAAUGUCAGCCACCCCGACCUCGAUGUGGAGUUGCGCAUUUCCAAGGCUCUCGGGCGGAUGGGUCCGUCCAUCCUCUUCUCGGCCGUGACCGAGACGGCGUCGUUUGCGCUCGGCGCCUUUGUCGGCAUGCCCGCCGUGAGAAACUUUGCCAUCUACGCCGCAGGCGCCGUCUUCAUCAAUGCGCUUCUCCAGGUCACCAUGUUUGUGUCGGUCCUGACCCUCAACCAACACCGCGUCGAGGAUUGCCGCAUGGAUCUCUUCCCCUUCAUCCAGCUCAAGUCGGCCCGCAUCCAUCUCAACGGCAACGGCAGCCUCGGUCCUAGGUACCACGAGACGCCCCAGGAGAGCAUGCUGCAGCGGUUCAUCGGCAAGCACUACGCACCGGCCUUGCUCGGCAAGAAGGUGAAGACGGCUGUUGUCGUUGUGUUCCUUGGGCUGUUUACCGCUGGCGUCUCCCUCAUGCCCGAGGUGAAGCUGGGGCUGGACCAACGCGUUGCGAUCCCAGACGACUCGUACUUGAUUCCCUACUUCAAUGACCUGUACGACUACUUCGAGUCUGGUCCGCCCGUUUACUUCGUCACCAGGGAGUCCAACUUCACACAGCGUGCCCAUCAGCAGGAGAUCUGCGCUAGGUUUACGACUUGCAACGAGAUGUCCUUGUCCAACAUCCUCGAGCAGGAGCGCAAGCGGCCCGAGACUUCGUACAUCGCUUCACCUACUGCCAGCUGGAUUGACGACUUCUUCCUGUGGCUGGACCCGGAGCAGGGUGACGCGGAUCAGGGCAAGAUGUGCUGCAUGGAGAACAAAAAGGCUUGCUUCGCCAACAGGAACCCGCCAUGGAGCAUCACCAUGUCGGGCAUGCCCGAGGGUGAGGAGUUUGUGCACUACCUCGAAAUGUUCCUCAACUCCCCGACCACAGAGAGCUGCCCUCUCGGCGGACAGGCAGCCUAUGGCAACGCCGUCGUGGUCGAUUCCGAGAAGAAGACGAUUCCAGCAACCCACUUUAGGACAAUGCACACGCCGCUGCGCAGCCAGGAUGACUUCAUCAACGCCUACGCGUCUGCGCGUCGGAUCGCCUCCGAGGUCAGCGAGAAGAUCGGCGCCGAAGUCUUCCCUUACAGCGUGUUCUACAUCUUUUUCGACCAGUAUGCCAGCAUCGUCAACCUCACUGUCACACUGCUCGGCUCGGCACUUGCCAUGAUCUUCGUCAUCUCGUCAGCCCUUCUCGGAUCUUUCCUCACGGCCGCCGUUGUGACGGUGACGGUCCUCAUGGCCAUUGUGGACAUUGUCGGCGCCAUGGCGGUUAUGGGAGUCUCGCUCAACGCCGUAUCCCUGGUCAACCUCAUCAUUUGCGUUGGUAUCGCGGUCGAGUUCUGCGUCCACAUCGCGCGCGCCUUCAUGUUCCCGUCGCGCACCUUCAUGGAGCGUGCCAAGAAUCGGUUCCGAGGCAGAGAUGCGCGGGCCUGGACCGCCCUCGCAAACGUCGGCUCGUCCGUCUUCUCGGGCAUUACCCUCACGAAGCUGCUGGGAGUGUGCGUGCUCGCUUUCACGCGCUCCAAGAUCUUCGAGAUCUACUACUUCCGCGUGUGGGUCGCUCUUGUGCUCUUUGCUUCGACGCACGCGCUGGUCUUCCUGCCCGUUGCCCUCAGUAUUGCUGGCGGUAGCGGCUACGUCGACCCCGAGAGUAUCGGAGGUCUCGAAGAGGAUCUGGCCUCGCGACGAUACCGAGCUACCCUCGACAACUAUUCCGACUCGGAAGACGAGGACUAG